AGAUUCAAAUGUUACAAUUAAUACAGACGAAACGUGUAGUUUAGUGUACGCGAGGAUACACGCUUUCCUCUUCACUCGAUAUUUGUGACUGUGCAAACUCUGUGAAGCCUAAUACCGACACAAGGAACUUCCAAAUGCUAGACAAACAUAAGCAUGAUAUACUACUGUAGCGUCGUACGUUCCGGCACUUUAACUACCGAUUACAUUUUUGCAACAGAAAUGUAGGUGAUUGUUGAUUUAAUACGGAAUCAAUGUACGGAAUAACUGUUGGAUAAGAAGAGGAAUAUUAUAUGUUUCUAACGAGAACGGGAAACUGUAGAUGCACUUUUUUACUUCGUAGUGCCGGUCAUUUGACCGGACGUGUCACGCUGCUAAUUACCGAAGUAGGAUUCAUGGGAGGAUGGUCGUCUCCGUAUUCAGAGAAACUAACAUCACCGGAGUCAACUAUCAAGAUGAGCAGGGUGGAAUUGUCUUGGGUGGUGUCCUUGCUAAACCUCGGACGACUAUUAGGAGCUAUCAGCGGCUCGCUGUGCGUCAAUUAUUUAGGCAGCAAAACAUCCCUCUUGGCAUCAGCGGUUCCAACCGCUAUGUGCUGGGUGUUUGUGGUCAUAGCUGACAACGUAUGGUGGCUGUACGGUAGUAGAUUCCUCGGUGGAUUAAGUUUGGGCAUGCUGUACAGCAGUUUUUCCCUUUACCUGGGAGAAGUAGCCGAUCCCAGUAUCAGAGGAACGCUGGUAGCUAUGAGCAUGGGCGGUGUACCAAUCGGCACCUUUGUAAUGAGCACCAUGGGAGCAUACUUGUCGAUGGAUGUAUCGGCCGCCAUCUGUUUAGGUCCCUGUCUGAUCGCAAUGAUCCUCUUUCUUUGGAUGCCCGAGUCACCUCACCACUUAAUCACGAAUGAGCAGUACGAGAAAGCGAAGUUAUCCAUUCAGUGGUAUCAUAGAGGCUGCGACGUGGAGACGGAGUUCGCAUCCUUGAAGAAGUUCAUCGACAGUUACAGCGGGCGGACAUUCCUGGAGACUCUGAAGGAGUUCAAGACUCCUUGCUACAAGAAGUCGAUGCUCCUCAUACUGUUCCUCUUCGCGUACAGUCAGGUAACCGGUGUGAACAACGUGUUCUUCUACAUGGAGGCGGUCCUGAAGAAUGCUCAGGUGACCAUGAUCCAGCCAUCGAUGGCGGUGGUCAUCAUUUUGGGAGUCGGUAUCAUUGGUCCUUGCGGAUCUAUGAUCCUGAUGGACAGGUUCGGAAGGAAGCUGUUGAUGAUCGUAUCCUCAAUCGGUGCCAUAAUAUCGCUAUGCUCGUUGAGCCUCGUGUUCCACCUGCUGCGCUCUGGCUUCCAGUCAACCGUACUAGAAGGACUAUCAAUCAUUUCAGUGCUCUGUCUGUACAUCAACGUGUUCCUGGGCAUCCUCUCUACGCCGCCCACGAUUCUCAGUGAACUGUUCCCCUCGCAUCUGAAAUGCAUCGCGGCCUGUUUCGCGAGCUGCGUGGCUGGCAUCUCUUCGUUCAUUUCUGCGUUUACUUAUCUACCUCUGUUGGAUCUGCUGACCGAACUAUACGUGUUUUUGUUCUACGCUUUGUUCAUACUGUUCGGACUGCCGGUCCUAAUGUACUGCGUGCCGGAGACCAAAGGGCUGUCUCUGCAAGAAAUCCAGAGACGGCUGGUCAAGAAGCAGUAAACCUGUUAGAACAUUUAAACGGUGGAAAUUUACACUCCGAUCUGUUUGCGGUGUAAAUGCACAGCAUGUGAUUGUUGGAAUAAACUUGCAGAGUCAUUCGCUAAUCGAUGAGUGUAGUUAUGUCUGAACUUGGACGACUAUCGACUUGUAAAUAAAUUAUGUAUGCGAUUCUACUGCUCAUAUCAGUUAGAUAAGAACGUUGCUCGAAAAUGUGAUAUUUGUUCUUUUUUGUUUUUUUUUUAAUA